UGCGGUCGGCUGGUCCCAGCCAGGAAGGCAGCUGGUGUGUAUCUCCUUGGAAAGUGCUAUCCUCGGAUUGUGUUGCACACUGUGGCUGUCAGAAAGUAACCCAAAAGCCGUCCGGAGCAGUAGGCCCGUAGGAGAGCACUGUCUCAAAAUGAGAGCUACAAUUAUGUCUUCCAGCUCAGCCAUGGUGCGGAUCCUGAUAAAGGGCGGCAAGGUGGUGAACGAUGACUGUACCCAGGAGGCCGACGUCUACAUCGAGAACGGCAUCAUCCAACAGGUGGGCAAGGAGCUGAUGAUCCCGGGCGGGGCCAAAGUGAUCGACGCCUCGGGCAAACUGGUCCUCCCCGGGGGGAUCGACACCAGCGUUCACCUGCAGGAGAGCUUCAUGAACGCCACGACGGCAGACGACUACUACAGCGGCACCAAGGCUGCUCUGGCUGGCGGGACGACCAUGGUGAUAGGACAUGUUCUACCGGAGAAGAACGAGUCUUUGCUGGAGGCCUACGAGAAGUGCCGCAGCAUGGCGGAUCCCAAAACCUGCUGUGACUACGCUCUGCACGUGGGAGUAACUUGGUGGGGGCCCAAGGUUCGAGCUGAGAUGGAGCAGCUGGUGAGAGAGAAAGGAGUGAAUUCUUUUCAGAUGUUCAUGGCCUAUAAGGACAUGUUCAUGCUGAGGGACAGCGAGCUCUUCCAGGCCCUGCAGAACUGUAAGGACAUCGGAGCUGUGGCGAGGGUCCACGCUGAGAACGGGGAGCUGGUAGCAGAGGGUGCAAAGGAGGCGUUGGAUCUGGGUAUCAGUGGCCCGGAGGGGAUUGAAAUCAGCAGGCCUGAGGAGCUGGAGGCAGAAGCGACCCACAGGGCAAUUACCAUCGCCAACAGGGCCCACUGCCCAAUCUAUCUUGUCAGUGUGUCCAGCAUGUCUGCAGGAGAUGUGGUGGCUACAGCCAAGAUGCAGGGUAAGGUGGUGCAUGGGGAGACGACCACAGCCCACGCUGUGCUGAACGGCCUGCAGUACUAUCAUCAGGACUGGUCCCAUGCUGCUGCCUAUGUCACCGUGCCUCCGCUUCGUCUGGACCCCAACACACCCAAUUUCCUAAUGAGCCUGCUAGGAAAUGACACUCUGAAUGUUGUUGGGUCUGACCACCGUCCCUUCACCACCAAACAGAAGGCGAUGGGCAAAGAUGAUUUUACAAAGAUCCCACAUGGGGUCCCGGGCAUUCAGGAUCGCAUGAGUGUCAUCUGGGAGAGAGGAGUGGUUGGAGGUAAGAUGGAUGAGAAUCGUUUCGUAGCUGUCACAAGCUCCAACGCUGCCAAGAUCUACAACCUUUACCCCAGGAAGGGCAGGAUCAUCCCUGGGGCAGACGCUGAUGUGGUGGUCUGGGACCCGGAAGGCUCCAAGACAAUUUCGGUGGAUAACCAGGUCCAAGGAGGAGACAUGAACCUGUACGAAGGUCUUCGUUGUCACGGUGUACCCAUGGUCACCAUCAGCCGUGGCCGACUGGUCUAUGAAAAUGGUGUGUUCACGUGUGCCGAGGGCUCUGGAAAGUUUUAUCCCCUCAGAACCUUCCCAGACUACCUUUACAAGAAGAUGGUCCAGAGGGAAAAGUGCCAGGCUGUGAAAGCUGUGGAGCGGGAGCCCUACACAGGUGAAGUGGUUGCAGUGGUCAACUCAGGAAAGAAGGACUAUGGGGCUUCAGACCUGGACACUCCAACGCGCCCCUGCACCCGGCAUGGCGGCAUGAGAGACCUCCAUGAGUCCAGCUUCAGCCUCUCUGGUGCCCAGAUUGAUGACAAGAUCCCAAAGAGAUCCUCGGCUAGGAUCCUCGCUCCUCCGGGAGGAAGAUCCAGCGGAAUCUGGUAACCAAUCCGACAGCAGUCACACAAAGCCGAAGAACGACACCUGGGGGGAACGCAUGGCGACACGAGACGACUCGUUUUUCUCUCAGAAAGCUCAGAAGGGGUGGGGGGAGGAGUCACAUUUUCAUUUUGAAGUACACACAGUUAUUUAGGACUUUAUGCGUGAAACAUUAUACUGUAUGAUAUUGCCAUGAUAGUAAUGUUGGAAUAUCAGUCAAGAAAACCUUGGUUAAGUGGUUACGCCUAACAAAUUUGAUUCAAAUGUUAACCAAAUAAAAGCAGCAGAUUACAGCGAGUUGCUUUGGCUGUUGGAUCAUGGUAGUGGAAGUAACCUACUAAUAGUUUUAGGAAUAUGAAGGUGAGUCUUGGUUUCUACAAUACGAUUGUGUUACCUCACUGUUAAAUACAAUUUUGCACUUGUAUCAUGUACUACUUAGCUGCCUUUUAACAUGGUUUAAUGUGUCACAAAUGGAGUCUUUCCACUUGGAGCCAUGAUGAAUGAAAUGUAAUUAGUGGUUACAAAGGAACUGGCAUGACAUUCAUGUGUCAUCGCAAGGUGCGAAACUUAUAGUUGACGUAGAGGAAUUGAUGAAAAAUAUCUGAAUGAAAACUGAUGUUUUAAAUGUGUUUGUUUGUUUAUUUAUUUUUUAUAUUGCAUCAUUCUUCCAAAAAUGUGUUAUUGCCCUUUAGCGUUGUUGUGUUACAAGUGAUUCCUAAAUAAGUACGAGGUCUUUGUACAGUUGUUCAUCAUUGUCAGAUUAGCGCUUCAGUUCAUGUUUACAGCCUUGUAGCAUAUUACAUUUCUUCUCCACCCCCACCAAAUGUGAAUGAACCUAUGCUGUUUGUACUUUGAAGUAUGGGAGCAUAGAUAAAACUGUUAUAAUAGUAAUAAGCACUGAUAUUGCUCAUGUUGCGCAGCAUUCUUUGUGAUAGUGUCCGUUUUCCACAGAGAGCAAAAAGUCUCACCCAAACUGCCUUUUUCUCACCUGAGAACACUGACACGCAGUGAACACACCGUCCUACACCGUCAGUCCAGAUCAUGACCUCUGACAUGCUGAUCGCUGUCACUCCUCAUAGAGCGAGCACUUUUUACAACUUUAAGUACUUCUGGUCUUGCACUGAACCGGCAGGGUAUCAAAUGUUCCUCUGACUGUUGCGCUUGUUUCCUAUCUGACCUUUCACAAUGUAACACACCACUGUGAAGCAUGGACGAGGUGAGAUGAUCCUCUUUGUUCAAUAUUCAGUUUGAUACUUAACAGCAUAAAUGAAUGAAUGCAUUUCUUCAGGGGAUCCACAGCCUUCGUAUGCCACGUACAACUCUGUAUAAUAACCGGAAGGCAUGCUUACUUAGCAAAUGCAGAGAAAAGCACUGAUUCUUUCUAAAGUACUCAACUACUGUAUUGUCAUUGUUUAUCAUUAAUAUUAUUUUUUUCGUGUAUCUGAAUUUUAUUUAGUGAUUUUUGCUUGUGAGGAAUUUUCUUGGUUAGUGAUUUUGUUGUAAUAUUAUUGUCAAAACUGAAUGAUACAUCAUCUGAUAAUGGACAACUACAGUGCGAGUGGGGAUACACGCCACAAAAUUUUGACCACAUUUACACCUGAUUAAAUCAUUGCAUGCAAACCAUGCAAAGGCGGGAUUUUUUUCAGAGACAGUGAAAGUUGCAGGAUCAGAAAAUUGGGCAUAUUGCAUGUUGGAUCUAAAACACUCCAAGAAGACAUACAGGAUCUUGUUGUGUGUAUCCCCUCCUAAACGGUCAUUGGUUUACUGGUGCUGAACAAUGUGUUGUCACUUUUGAUUACUUUAUCUCUUAUUUGUUGCAGCUCUUUAUCACAUGAUUGAGUGCAAAUAAACCACACUGAAAUCUGGAA